AUUCAACGAACAUAAAGCUAACAUACUACCCAUAUGGGAUUACGAAUUAUUGAUAUUGUUCGCACCAAUUGUUAAUUAAUGGCCUAAUUUGGAAAGUAGAUGAUCUAGCUUAAAGACAAUGAAUCUAAUUCAACUCUCCUUUAGAGGCCAACAUAAAGCUAAGAAAAAAAAAAAUACAAAUGACACUUGAUUUUUUAACCUCAAACUUGUACUUCUUGUAUCGAGGCAUAUUGCAUGGUGCCAAAAACAUAAAAAAAAAAUAAUAAAAAAAAAAUCUUCAAUAGAUGGAAUUGCCUCCUCCUUUACCUAUCUUUAGAAAAGCUCGUUUUUAUAAUUUUCUCUUCAUAUUACUAAGUUUGGUUGUAUUUUUGAUCACUUAUUCAUCCUAUCUCCUUCCAUCUUCUCCAUCAGUCACAUCGUUGGCCAACUUUAUUUGGCCAAAUCCAAAAUCUGCAAAGAAGAACAAAGAGAAGUUACCAUUUGCCAUAGGAGAGACAAAAGAAGGAUGCAAUCUGUUCAAUGGGAGAUGGGUUUGGGAUGAGAAAAGGCCUUUGUAUGAAGAAUCAGAGUGUCCUUACAUACAGCCACAAUUGACUUGUCAACAACAUGGAAGGCCAGAUAAAGAUUAUCAACAUUGGAGAUGGCAACCUCAUGGUUGUUCUCUUCCGAGUUUCAAUGCGACACUAAUGCUGGAAACUCUUCGAGGGAAGAAGAUGUUAUUCGUGGGCGAUUCCUUGAACAGAGGACAAUUUGUUUCUAUGGUUUGUCUUGUCCAUAGAAUCAUUCCUGAGGAAGCUAAAUCCAUGAAAACUGUUGGUAGUUUCGACGCUUUCACCAUUAAGGAUUACAAUGCAACAAUUGAGUUCUACUGGGCACCAUUUUUGCUGGAAUCAAAUUCUGAUAAUCCAGCCAAACAUAGGAUCGAAGAAAGAGCUGUUCGAAAAGGUUCAAUAAACACACAUGGAAAAAAUUGGAUAGGAGCUGACAUAAUCGUUUUCAAUACUUACCUUUGGUGGAGGAGUGGCACCCGUUUUAAUAUUGUGCAAGGGUCAUUUGAUGAUGAAGUGAAAGAUAUAGUGGAGGUAUCUACAGAGGAAGCAUAUGGCAUGGCAAUGAAGAGUAUGUUAGGAUGGAUUAAAAAGAAUAUGGAUCCAAAGAAAACCAGAGUUUUCUUCACUAGCAUGUCACCUUCGCAUGAAAAGAGCUUAGAAUGGGGAGGUGAACCAGACAAGAAUUGUUACAAUGAAACAAAAGUGAUAGAGGAUCCAAAUUACUGGGGAUCAGGUAGUAGGAAAAGCAUAAUGCAAGUGAUUGGAGAAGAAUUUGGCAAAUCAAAAGUGCCAAUCUCAUUGCUCAACAUUACACAGCUCUCAAGUUAUAGAAAAGAUGCACAUACAACAAUUUACAAGAAGCAAUGGCAUAAAUUAACCCCACAACAACUAGCAAAUCCAUUCAGCUAUGCUGAUUGUGUUCAUUGGUGCUUGCCUGGCCUUCAAGAUACUUGGAAUGAGCUUUUAUUCACAAAACUUUUUUAUCCUUGACAUUUUUAUAUAUGGAUAAUUAAAGAUUUAAGUAUCAUAUUAUAUAUUUUUUCCAAUUGUUAUCUUCGAUUGUCGGAUAGAGUAAGAAAAUAACUAAAGAGACACAAGAAGGCUUAUCGUAUUAUAUAUUUUUGUUAAUUAUCUUUUUCGAUAGUCGGAUAGAAAAUAUAAAUGUAUGUAUCCUUUUAUUCUUUUGGAUAGUAGUUUUGAAAAUUGUCGAACAGGAAAUAUUUUGUGUCGUUCUGCUUUUGGCCAAAAAUGAGACAAGAAACCGUGUCCAAUUAUUUAUUUAUCUCUUAAUGGAAUUGAGGGUCAAUUGUAUUGGUUUUGCAGUCUUUUACAAAUUCAUUUUUAGUGUUAUGUCUUUUUUUUUUUUUUACUAGAGAUCAUCACUUUAUACAUAAAAGAUUUGAAAAUAACACAGAAGAGAUUUAGAAGCAUUAUUUUCUUCUAAUCAAAUUGUAAGUCGUCAUAGAAGAUCAUUUCCUCUCUAAUCAUAUAAUGCUUCAUACGCAUAUAACUAUACUGUUGUUUUACGUAUUAUUUACAAAAAUCAGAACAUAAACAUCACAUCUGACC